UAUGGAUGAAAGGAAAGUUGAGAUGGGUUACCAUCGGCUUGCAAUAUCAUUGGACUACGAAAACCUAUCAUUUUGAAAGAGAACCCACCCCGAUGAGCCAACUGGUAAGUUCAACAUGUAUAAGACUUGUGAACGAAAUAGUACCUUGGGAACAGAUCUGUCCAACUAUGUCAGAUCCUCGACCAGGUUGGCGAGAUGGUUACCGACCUGAAGCGGGUGUGAUCAACUUUUAUCAGUAUAAGGAUUCUUUGACGGCGCAUGUCGAUCACUCAGAAGUAUCAGUCGACAGCCCACUUGUAUCUUUAUCUAUCGGAAAUGCAUGCGUAUUCUUGAUCGGACCAAACCGAGAUGAGACACCAUUGGCCCUUCGACUUGAAAGUGGUGAUGCACUCAUCAUGGCAGGCGAGAGUCGUCGAUUCUUCCAUGGUGUUCCGAGAAUCAUUGAGAAUAGUUUGCCUUCCUGGCUAUCUCAGACACAAGAAGAAGAUGUAUGUUGGACUGAUUGGUUUAAGAAUGGUGGUCGAAUCAAUUUGAACGUUCGUCAAGUCUUCUAAUGAUGGAGCUUUUCGUUAUGAAGGUAGAGAAACGAAGUAGGAGGGUAAUUUGGUAGAAAAGAAUUUUGAUUCAGAAGGGUUAACAUGAGCCAUUGUAAUGUAUUGCAGUUUGUGGGAAUAGAUGUCUAUUAGUUUUGAGCAAAGUGUAAUGGUUGGACUUUUUUUAAUAAGAUCUAUAGAUUGAGGCUUC